AUGGGCGUCACGAACAUUGUAUAUGAAGAUAGUAUAUACCGUUAUAUGCACAGUAACCUAACAAGUUAUUGGACAAUGAUGAUGGCCAACAAUGGACGCUACCUGCACAUGGCUAAAUAAAUAUGAAACAUCUACAUAUUGGACAAAAACCAAUAGUAACACUUGUUUACCAAAUGGACUAUCAUUACUUGGAAAGAAUAUGAAAUCUUGCAACAAAUUAGCCAUAUCACGUUAAAAGACGUAUGGUGUAUAAUCCUAAUCGUGUUCUUCUAGACAUUUUGACAAGUGAAUAUGGUUUAAAACAUCAGAAACAACAAUCAUGUGCGUAGAUGUAAAAUAAAAAUCCGAAGUACACUUUACAGUAUACAGUAAUUAUUGCAUGUUUCGACUUUCAAUAUAUUUCAAACAAAAUAAAUUUAUACAUACCGUGUAUAAGGCAACUUAAAUAAAUGAGGUUUAUUGGUAUAAUCAAUCCACAGAGCCUUGGUCGAAAGGCAGCACUUUUCUUGCGAUAGUAACUUCUAGUAUCAAGUAUUAUAACAGGAAAUACGAUUUGCUUUAGCAUGCUCUAGCCAAUUGAAACCCCGACCCCCGGGAAAGAUCGGGCAAUAAACGGGGGAAUGGCUGUGGAUUAACACGGUCUUAAUGCACCAUUUCCCCCGAGGUACAGGGUAAAUAACAAGUCAAUUCAUUAGCCGGGACAAUAGCCGGGACUUUAACACGCGGCUGAUAUGAACGUGGACUGGAAUGAGUAUAUCCUCGUGGCAACAUGGCCGAAUCUUCAAAAUCACAGAAUUGUUUCCUCAUAGUUUUUCUUAAAAAAAAGGGAAUACAUUUUCACUUUUUAUGUAUUCCUCAUGAUAACUGCAAGAUAGUCGAAACGUUGAUUAUUCAGUAUCUUUUGAUGCGAAUCAAAGUUUAAGAUCAAGAAUUGCCUUCACAUAUUUUGAACGACAUUUUAUACUUCAACGAUUUCCCAAGUCAUGAAAAUUUGCAAAGUGCCGGGGACUUAGGGGCGGUAACUUUAACAGUCAAUAUUCCGCCCGGUUGCAAGGAAAUUACCAAAAUUUAACAUUAAUGAAAAAAAAUUUUCAAAAAAGUUAAUUAAAAUGUUAAUUAACUAAAAUGUUAAUUAAAAUGUUAAUUAAAAUGUUAAUAAAAUUGUUAAUAAAAAUGUUAAUUUCCCCGCCCUACCCGGGGGUCGGGGGCCCUGGGUUUCAAUUGACUAGUGCAUAAUCAUUGUGAAAAUGUGAAAUGCUUAAUUUAAAUAUGAGUUGCGUUUUGGAUUAUUGGAGAAAAGAUUAAAAUCUAGGUAAUUUAAAUUCUCUUCUGUGAUCAAAAGUUUAAACUGUGUUAAUACAACAGGUGUGACUACCAGUGGGUAAAAGCACCGGGCAUGAAAAGGUUUUUCAUUAAUAUUUCGACACUGAACUACAUUUUGUUGUUUCUUAAAAUAAAAAUAUCACUGUUCCCAAUAAGAUUUUGAGUUCACAAAUCAUCAACAAAAUGCACUUUGGAAAAAGUUUUCAUUAUUAAUUAAAAAGUAUAAUUAAAAUUAAAUACUAUUUGUAAAUGUCUAAAACUAAAUAAUUCUAAAAUAUAAUUAUAAAUUGAAACAUUUAGGAAAAGCUUGGAAGAAUGACAAACAUAUACUCCAAAGAAUAUUUUCUUGUAAAACAAAAAUAUUUAAUUUAUUUUCUUUCACAGAUAAUUCCUUACAAAGUCUAUUAAAACUAAUAAACUUAUGACCACAUAAUGAACACCAGUUGCAUGAUCGAAUCGCUUCAAACAUCGUUCAAGUCUUCAAUUGGCUGGAGUCACCAGAGCAGAAAUACUUCCUCUUUUUAUUCAUUAAGUAUAGAUAUAAUAUCUAAAGGAAAAGUGAUCUCAUAUAGUUCACACAUAUAGGUUAACGAUCAACAACUGAAUCUCAAUUUUCCUGAAACAUAAACAUCAAAAAAGACGUAAAGACAUUUGAAAUCGUAGGUUAUUCUUUAUUUUCACUGCUUACAAAAAUUAGAGACGUAUUAAAUAAUUUAGGAGCUUGUAUAUAAAGGGCAAAUUUUUUAUGCCAUGCAUAAUUUCUUUUAAGAAAAGUGCAAUGUGUACAUACAUACUUGGUUCACAAGAUAAAAUUAUUCCUUUCCACAACUUCCAUUAUAAUAAUAGUUUUUCUUUAAUGUUGGGUAACAUUAUCUAAGUUGCUUUCUUUCCCACGAAUAUUCUGAUAGGCGUUGGGAAACCAGGGAUUUUUAUGUGUUUCCUGUAGUUCCUUGAAGUUCUGUCUUAAAAUUGUCAUGAAGAUCUUAUCAGAUGAUGAUGAAUUAUCUGUUUGAUAUAGAUAUUAAUUUAAGGAGAAAGGAAUGGGGGUUGUAUACAGGAGUAUAUUACCAGUCCGUGCAAAUCAUGAAAAAAAUUAUUUCAUGUAAUCAGAAAAUUAUGGAUAAAUCUAUAUAUGGCUUAUGUUCUAAUGCAUUAGGCCACAUAAAAAAAAUUUGGUUAGCGUCCUCGCCAGCCCAUAAAAACGGCCUCGCUCACGAUUACCAGAUUUUUAAAAAAAAAUUUAUUUAAAAAAACCCCAACUUUCAUUAGUCAACGGGCCCUAAUAUAUGUAGUAUUCCUGUCGAUUGCAGUGAAUUGUGUUAAUAAGUUGUAAAAUUGCAUGCGAAAAUGACGGUAUGAAUCAUAUUUUGAAAUAUAUAAAAAAUAUCUGUACUGCGCAAGAAAAUCCAGUUUCGAAACUAAAACCAAGGCGUUCAAAAAAUUAGUAAAAAUUUAAAAAAAAGCGCUCGCCCGCCCACUUUUUGGCAAAAGCUAAGGACGCUAACCAACUGGGUUUUUUUAUGUGGCCUUAGCGAGAUUUUUUAUAAUUGCAGUAAUGCAUUAACGCCUUCCUGUUUGAGCCUAUAUAAAUCAUUGUGAAAAUGUGAAAUGCUUAAUUUAAAUAUGAGUUGCAUUCUGGAUUACUGGAGAACAGAUUAAAAUCUAAUUUAAAUUAUCUUUUGUGAUCAAACGUUUAACCUGUAUUAAUACAACAGGUGUGACCACAGGCGGCCCAGACGUGUAUUAGUGCCUAGUAAAUAUGUCAUUAUAGAAUAUACUACACAGUAAAAUUUGUGUUGAAUUUUAUAUCUUAUAAUCAUAUUUACUUUCCUACUUUGAUUGUAUGUGAUCGUCUUUUAUUUCUGGGCUGCUUUACUCUGUGCCUGCGCUGUCAACAUAGGUGACAGUAAUGAAAGCAAAGGCAAACGAUGCCAGUUCUCAAACAGGCGACACGAACACUUCAACUCGAAAAAUAUCAUUGCUUUGUUCCCGGUUAACGGGUUAAAAUUCGCCAGCGUAUAGAAUAAACACCCAUCUUCGAGCAUACAAGGCAAUAUUAACAUGUCCUAUAACUUUUGCAACGGAUUUUUAGCGAAAUGUUUUGAGACUAAAAUUCUUUCGAACUUAGGGGCCGAUUACAUGGAGCAUUUUCAUUAUAUUAUAAAGUGCCAAUGGUUGGAAUAUUUAUUCAUUGAUAUUUUAAACACAGAUGAAGUGUUAUAUGCUCUUUCCUUGUUUUACGUUUUCCUUGCAGCCAAAUGUUGAAGCUGGUAAGCUGCAAAACUGACAUACGAGUGAUAUGAACCAAAUAUUGGAUAUGCAUCUUAGUUUGCUUCCAGUGAAAUGUAAACAAGAACUUAAAGAAUUCUAUAUGAGAUAAGAAAUAUUACGUUUAAAAUCAUGACUGGCGAAUUAGCAUGUGGGAAUUGACACUUCCUAAUAAUAUGUAGUCCUGUAAAGCUUGCUUGCUUCAAUUCUUGCUGUUAGCAUCUGCACAUUAUCAGGGUGGAGAGUUGAUUUGAAUAAAAGUCCCAGGGGAUAAAGGUAGGGAAUAGAUUUUCCAUAACAAAAGGGGCAAGGUGCCCAACCAGUUAGAAGAUAGCAUGUACUUUAAGUGACCAUUCAUUAUACCCUAGGGUGGGGCGAAAGAUUCUUAUGUCAAAAUGUCAUGGGACCCCUUUUUAAACUCUUAAUUUAAUAAUGGAGACCCCUCCUAAAUAUUUAAGACUAUUUUUACUAUACUACUAAUUAUGAUGCAAUUCUAAUCUACAUUCAUGUGAUUGCCUGACUAUGAAGAAAAUACAUUUUGCAACACAGGGAUGGAUCCGGCAUGUUCUGGUAGGGGGGGGGGGUGCUCUGCCUGCUCUGGUGCAGAGUUGUGUCGGUCAUGUGCUGCCCACCCAUCAACUUGCGUCACUACUGCAAAGUCUUGCUUUACUACUGUAUUUGAAUUGUAAUUGUUGUUCACAGCUCGCUUAUCAUCAUGUUAUUACUCAAAUUACUGUAUCUCAUUUUGCCUGUAAUAAUACUUUGCUUUAUCAUGAAAAAUAGCACUCCCCUGCACCCCCUCUGGCCAGGGCUAGUGGUGCACCCCCCCCCCCAGUAAAUCCUUCCCUGUUGCAACAUACACUAUAAGAGCUAGAAUGAUAGUUUCUUUUGGAUGAUUUAUCUUAGAAUUAUAUUACCUAUAUUACAACAAUUCUUCCUAUUCUAAAACCAGUUGCUAUUCUGUUUUUAAAACACUCACCUCCCCCCCCCCUCUCCCGCAAAAAAGGCCCCAACAAAUCAGGAAACCCCUCCAAGGAAAUUUUGCCAGCAAAAUAGAUUUAAUUUGAUGGUAAUUGUUCUGAGAAUAUAUUAACUCAUUGAGUGGCAGCAUUCUGCCUAGACUUGCCACAAGUCAACCUCGAACGAAACGCAAGCAGCGAGUGUGAGCCGACGUUUCGUUCGAGGUCAACUUGUGGCAAGUCUACAUUCUUCCCUUCGGUAAAAUUGACUGGCACCAGACGGAGUAACAUACUAAAGUAGGGCACAUUCCCACUAUAAAGGGUUAAACAAAUUUUUAAAAUUUUUGCAAUGGUCUAUAUUCAAAAACCUCUAUUUGUAAAUUUUAAUUGGCUUUCAUAUACCUACUUAUACUUAUAGCUACCCAACUCCUGCGAACAGUCCUUUAUUACACAUUUGAAGCAUCUCUUGAGGCAUCAAAGUACAUGCAGGCACAUGGAAUUACAUACGAGUAUGUGACAUAUAAACCCAUUAUUGCACAACUUUGUCUGCAACAAUGCAAAUACAAUCAAGUUGGAAACGGAUUUUAUCAGUAUUUCGAUAUAUAUACAUUUUUGAUAUAUAUACAUCUGCACUUUCAUAUAUAUACACCUGCACUGCGAACAGCCCUUUAUUACACAUUCGAAGCAUCUCUUGAGGCAUCAAAGUACAUGCAGGCACAUGGAAUUACAUACGAGUAUGUGACAUAUAAACCCAUCAUUGCACAACUUUGUCUGCAACAAUGCAAAUACAAUCAAGUUGGAAACGGAUUUUAUCAGUAUUUCGAUAUAUAUACAUUUUUGAUAUAUAUACAUCUGCACUUUCAUAUUGAAAUUGUUCUAAUAUUAUCCAAACAAAACACAUCAGAAAACUGUAACAAACUGAGCAAAUCACUUUUUUAACACAAUUUAUGGUAAAAUGAAGCAACAUGUAAUAGUAUCUGAAACAAAACCAAAUCACAUAUUAUUCAAAAGUUGUAAACACUGUUGCAUAUAUGAUAUCCUCGCAUUUCUAGUGGUAACUAACUAUACAAAAUAUCCUUGCAUUUCUAGUGGUAACUAACUAUAAAUUAGGUCAAUUUAAACUCGACUAUGAAGAAUAUCAAAAACUAAAAUCAUGUUUCAGUUUAUAAGCCCAGUAGUUUAUAAAUCCUUCAGUUUUAUAAAUAUAAACAUUGAUAACGCUAUACCAAGCCAAUGAAGGCACAUAAUUUUUGCCCUAAAUACUCGGUCAGAGCCUCAGAGGUGUGUUCUAGUACACAAUUAUUCUUCUCUCACAGUUUAAAACAAACAAUAAUACUAACCUUCGACAAAUUGUGUAUAAAUCUUAUCGAAUUUAACCAUUUUGCCACAUAUUUUGCCAAAAAUAUUUCUUAGACGGACAAAGUAUUAAUAAUGGACACUCCUUGCGUGAAAAUGUUAAUUUAUCCCAAAGUUUGAAUAAAUUAAUCCAAGAUUGUAUUAUUUGCAUAAUAAUAGACUUGUCAUUGACCAAUCAGAAUACGUAGAAGACCGGCCGGUGCCAGGGCCUUUUCCCGCUUCCCAAUGACAAAAAGUGAAAAGCCCUGGGAACGUGGUUGUGUAAAUACAUUUUGCAUCCGUAAAUACAAUUUCUUAUGCUUGAUCGAACGGUGGUAUUUUUAUCCUUGUUUUUUAAACAAAACAUCGACGGACAUAAUAAAUCCAAGCUAUCCCACCGUGCUAAAACCACCGAAGAAAAAAAAUGCAAUUGCCAAAAACCAAGUGAAUUCCCUAUGUCAAAAAAUUGUCUAGCAAAAUCUGUUAUCUACCAAGCCACAGUAAAAACAUCUGACAAGCGGCCCACUCAAACAUAUGUUGGACUAACAGAAAAUGAAUUCAAAACUCGAUACACCAAUCACAAAGCUUCAUUUAAUAACUAUGAGAAGCGUAAUUCUACUGAACUAAGUAAAUACAUCUGGAAUCUUAAGAACAAUAAUAUUAGUUACUCUAUCAGAUGGAAAAUUUUAAAACGCGCUAAAUCUUACAGUAAUGCAUCCAAGAGAUGUAACUUGUGUAUCUGGGAGAAAUAUUUCAUUAUUUGUAAACCGGACAUUGCAACACUUAAUCGUCGCAACGAACUUGUCUCCACGUGUAGACACGCUAAUAAAUUUCUACUUAAAAACUUUAUAACUUGAUACUAAUAUUUUCGUGACACUACUUGAGGUGUUAAUUGAUUUGUAAUUAGAUAAGCGUCCUUUAUACCAUCGCUGUACAUAUUUAAAAAGUUCGUUAAGAAGCUAUAGGUCAAACAUAGGCUAUUUUAUCUGAAGAGUGCCACGUUAUUUACGUGCCACGAAACUGUAUAGUAAUAAAUAUGCCAAACAAAGCUUGCUAAGUUUUUGUAUCUUUCUAUUAUGCUCUGGUUAUCCAUUGAGCACUCUAUCAUUGCUUUUUAUAACCCUACACAAACUAUUUUAUAUAUAUAUAUAUAUAUAUAUAUAUAUAUAUAUAUAUAUAUAUAUAUAUAUAUAUAUAUAUAUAUAUAUAUAUAUAUAUAUACCCUGCACAAACUAUUUAUAUAUAUAUAUAUAUAUAUAUAUAUAUAUAUAUAUAUAUAUAUAUAUAAAACAAGGCCAAUAUUCUCGAAAUAUCCUGGGGUUGUUGCCUCCAACCUUACCCCAACUGUGUCCCUACUAGUGACUGUACCCUCAGACUCUGCUGCAUCUUACUCAGCACACUACGUGCUCCUUGCUCACUUUUCUGCACACCCACACUCCCCAAGCAAAAUUUGAAAAUCUGUCUAUGAUGGUGAUAAUUAACUUAUAAAAGUAUAAACCUUUAUUAUUAAGUCAAUUAAAGAAUCAUUGUCAACUACAAUGCAUUGCAUGCUUGUGUUUGUUUAUACAUAUGGGAUCUGUGCAAUUAAAUAUGAUAAUUAUUCUCAUGAUAUGAUAAGUACUGCGCUGCCUGCUAUUACAGUAUUACUUGAAAGCCUUCAGGGGUGGAUCCGGAAAGGUUUUUCUAGGAGGUGCUGGGUGAGCAGCCAAGUGUUUCUUUAUAAUUUUUUAGGGGGUAGUGGGAGUGAAACGACUCCAACACUAAAGGCGCGAGCUUCCUAGGGGGUCGAGGGAUAUGCCCCCAGAAAAUUUUGAAAAUUAGGACCCUAGAAAUGCUACUUCCUGUGAUAUGGACAUUGAAUUAUGAGCUUCAGUUUGACUUCAAAAAAGGGAAAACCUUGGAAAUUAUGCCAUGUUUCUGAAUUUGAUUUUAUUGCAGCGCUGUUGACCAAGGCCAACAGGGGUGUGCACCCCCCUAUUAAUCCACCCCUGAAUUAAGUUAACACAUACUCCACUACAUCAUAUAUACUUAAUUACAAUAAUUUUAGUGUUAAUUUAAAAUUAUUCACUGUUAAUAAUUUUACUGUAUUGAAAAGUCCAAUUAAAAUAGUUCAAAAUGAAUCCAGCUUUUGUGUCUUCAAUUUCCAUACAUCUUGCUUGUACUGUAUUUUGCCUGCCUCUAUGGGUUAACUAGGAAACCAGAGUGAGUCAGGACAAAUGCCAGAUUAUGAUAUCCCAAUUGCGAGAUAAUUCUGGAAUAAACAAAAAUAUAUUAUAUGUUGUAACUUUGAGCACAAAAAUGAUGAUGGGAAAAACAAAACAAUGCGACUCAACUCCAAACCAGAGACACCAGAACAAUUGGUGCAAUUAUCAGGCUUAACCCAUUGAGCCGCAAUGCGCCCCAGCGUGCCCUACUUUGUUUUACUUGUCUGACACCAGAUGAUUUUACUUGUCAAGUGGGGAAGCUCUGCAGCUUAAUGGGCUAACCAAAAAAUCUGACAAUGCCUCUAGUUAACACAUUGAGCUGCAGUGCGCCCUACUUAUUUUUUUAACUUGUUUAACGCCGGAUGAUUUUACUCGUCAAUGGGGAAGCUCUGCAGCUUAAUGGGUUAAUGGUAUAAUAAUCAAAAGUGGCCAGGAUACAAGGUACCUUCCCAGUGCAAGGGAAGCAACAUACAGUAGUUAUGAAGUAAUUGCCAGAUUGUCAUCCAGUAUCUGGUGUUUCAAAUUGUUAAACCCAUUAAGCUGCAGAGCUUCCCCAUUGAUGAGUAAAAUCGUCUGGCGUUAGACAUUAGUAAAAAAAAUAAGCAGGGUGCACUGCAGCUCCCAACAUGUUGUAAAUGGCCAAUGUAAUAUCUUUUCAUCACACAGCAACAUUUUCAUGGGGGGGAGGUAUAUUUAAGUUAUAUAUACAGGUAUUUUGGGAAAUAUUCGAGUACUCCAAAAGUCUUGUCAUAAUUGACAUUGAUUAGCCUUGUAUGCAAACUUGGGACAUAUUUAAACAAACAUGAAUAUAUUUAAACACAUACGUGACAUACAAUUUGCUUUGAAUGAACGUCUGGAGUUAAAUUAAUAGCAUUUUCUAAAGUAAUUUAUAAAUAACAAAAAGUUGUAGUUCUGCAACCAAAUUUUGAAAUAUACAGAUGCCAAAUUAUAAAAAAAACCCAGCAAAAGGCUGUUUUCUUAACAAAAAGAGUGCAUUUCAUCGUCAAGCUUAAGUUAAGCCUACCAAUUUUAUGUGAGAUAAGAUAAAGCAUAAAUAAAAUUGAAUGAGAUAGGUGAAAUACCUGAUUAUAGCUCGCUGAUUCAAAUAUCCUCUUUGGCUUUGCUCAUAUUUUGCGAUGACAGCGAGGUUUGAAUUUCGUUGUCUUUCCCGGGAAGAAUAACAUGCACGACUUGCACAUCUUUGAACCAAUAACCGAAUUUAGAAAAAAUAUCUCGAAAACCAUUUAAAGAGUCAAAUAUCGAGAAAAUACUACAAAACCCGAGCAAAAUUGCAAAAACCUAAAAUUUUUUAAACAAAACCAGGGGGGGGUGGAAAUUGCAGCGGGCUCAGAUCCGAGCCUGGUCAGUGGUAAUUACCAUGAGAAAUACGGACCAGUUGUCAUGGAAAUGGCGUCAGCAAAGGCCGAAAUCCGCCAAUUUUUUGGCUUCACUUUUUUUUCCCGUGCAGGUCCUCCAGUAAUAUAGUAUAGCUCAGUGUAUUCUUCGCGGUUCUUCUGAGAGCAUACCCUGCAACACUUGGUGAGGAAAUUUGGAGGAGCAUCUAAUACAUCUUAGUCGCCUUCGAGAUGUCACCAUCGGGCCACCAAGGAUAAAACAGAGCUCCGCGAUGCUCAGGUUUAACAUAGAUCUGAUGAAACAUUCUCUUCACGUAGCGGUUACGGUUAUAUUUUCAAGUCUGAAUCUCAGUAUCACAACAAUGAGUGAACUAAUGUUUUCCGGCCACGUAACUGUUCAUCGUUCAACGAAGUUCCGUUGCUCUUGCUAGCACAAUCGAAAACUACUCCUUGGAAACUUCUCUCGCCACUCUUUCUUCUUGCUAUUUCUCCACAACGCAACCUCGUUCCCAGGCUCUUUGCUCUUGGGAAGCAAAGACCCUGGUCGGGGCUGGUCACGUGACCCAUAGAAAAUUGAUAACCUAAGAGGGGGAUUGGAAAAGUAUCAAAUUACAUGUUUCCACUUCCGCACCUCACACUUCGAUUGCAAGGAGUGAUCGUUCUAUACAAUCAUCUUUGAGAAUCAUAUAUACUUCAAAAUACUUGCUAAAUUGGUUUCUGUUUGCUUUUAAAUUAUACAAACAUGCUAAACUGUAGAUUCUUAUAGCAACAAACAAGUCAGAAAAUCAAGCAACGAAAACGUAUGAUCGUAUAUGCUUGGAAAUAUUUGCCCUUUUAUUGUCUCGACGCGGGGUUAGGGCGCAAUUUCAUUUCACGCGUACGUUUCUGUAUCUGGCUCUGGUUCAGAUACGUAUAAUAUUCUUAUAAUGUGCCAUUGAAUUGUUGUCAUACGGAAACGGUAUAAAUUUUGUUAAAUAGAGGUCUCAAAAGCGAGUGUGUAGGUCGUAGGCGCUACGCCUUGUUGGUCCUACAGCAAACGUUACAUAUUUGGACACUAGCCAAAUAGACAUUGAAUGCCCAUUCUAUUGAUUCUAAAACGGUUUAUAGACAUAGUGCUCUAGAUUUUUUUAAAAAGGUUAUCAUCGUUUAUAUUCAACACAAGGUAGGAAGGAGUGUUAACGUACAUGUACAAAAUUGUUUGGGAUCAACAGUAAAGAAUUAUACGACAAUUCACAACUGUAUGCAUUUCCUUUUUUGUCUGCACGAGUACCUGUUUGUUGAAGCCAAAAUCACUAAAUCAGAUUGCACAGAAUCUCCGAUAUGAAUCAUAUAGCCAUUCACUCUCGCCCCUUGAAUGCAAAGGAAUGAUAGCCGAAAAGGUUUAGCAAAGUAUUUUUUAUUAUAUCUGGUAUAAAGUGUCCCUACGUUUUAUCAGGGAUAUAUAUACAUAAUUCAUAAACUGUAUAUAUGCGCACGAAGUCCAGCUCAUAGAAUUACUUAAUUAAUGAGUUUUAAUAAGCCUUUUAAAGUUUCCAUUGAUAGAUAAGUUGUUUGCCUCUAGUAUGGUUUGGUGAAACUGCUAAAAUGUCAUUUAUACAGCAUACGAUAAAGAUUAUUUAAAGUUGAUUUAAAUAUUGAUGACUCACAGCAGCAUUAUACAAGUCCAAAGAAGCUGUCGGGUUAUUCUUCAAAUAUAAAGCCCUGAAUGGGCAAUGGGAAUGAAAGGUCUUUAUAAGGUUUAUAAAUUAAUGUACCUGCUGUAAAUUACUGUAACACACAAAAUAUGAAAUAAUUUACUAUGAAGUACAAUACCAGUGUCUGGUGCAAUCUGGUGCAUAUAUCGUCCUAAAUAUUCAAGUUAUAUGUACCGCACGCACGGAAACGCACAGUGGUCUUGGUGUUCGUCUGAUGACAGAUAGCUAUACUUCGAGUCUUCGACAUAAUCAUUCUUGAUCGUUGAGUUUCAGCAAUGUAAAUGAAAGGAAUUUUACAGUCCAUAACGGUUUUAAUCCUGUGCUUUCACAGUCAAGAUAGCACUAUUGUUUACACAUACAUAGUUAGCGAUGUUUGGGAAAUCUUCCAUUAUAAAAUAAAUCCUUUGGCUUUGUUGAAUAUCGGACAGGAUACACUUCAACAAUAAACAACCAUAUCGUUCAUUUAGUAUCGUUUGAUCGUCAGUCGGUAUAGAAUUGGGAAGACUUAUAUGUUUCUACGGCGAUGCGUGCUCAACUUCGCAAGCCAGGCGCGUGUGGAGUCCUUGGAAGUGAAAUAUGAUCCAGUUUGUCGCUUGAAAUGUACCGCAACACUUAUUAUUGAUGACAUUCAGUAUAGCAGGAAGUUGUGUCGUGAUGAAUACGAAUUUAAAACUGUUCCUUUCACAAUUUCUUGUUGCAAAUUACAUUUUUAUCACCCGAAACUAUAACACAUAAAAUUGCAAUUUUCCAAACGUAGCAAACAGACUCCUCUACCACCCCUCCCUGAGAUCAAUUCAAUUUACCACGCAGAAUCUGCGGGGUCACGUGACCAGCCCCGACCAGGGUUUUUGCUUCCCAAGAGCAAAGAGCCUGGGAACGAGGUUGUCCACAACGCUGCUGUAUUUCUUACGGAAGUUUUUAUUUCUCUCCAUCUUCGAUUUUAAGGAUUUUCAUCGCUUCUCACCUGUGUAAAGGCUGUCUGGAAGGUGUGGUGGGUUGUGUUUAAAGGGAAGUCCGAUCUCGUAAUGCUCAUUUUUCAAUAUGGUGGUUUUCUUCAUGAUUUCUUCUGCGUAGCGAACUUCAACAGACAUAUUCUCAUCAAUAUCGUCAUUGAUGCCAUCAAACUCUGCGUUGUACAUGCGCUCUAAUUUAUGAUCGUGAAUGUCGAAUUCUGAUCUAAUGGAAUUAAUGGACACUUGCUCGCAUCGAGGUUCUCCCAUUGCACCAUACACUGUCCAUCCUAGUGGUGUCUUAACUGCACAUGGUUGCCCUUUCAUUCCAUCUCUCCGGUCGAUGUAAUUAUCAAUUACAUCAGGUUGAUCAUUUGCUUUCAAAAUGGUAACCUGUUCAUCUCCAGUUUUAGGUAAGACAAUGUCCUGCAGGUGAGGCAACUCUUGAACUUCUUCGUUGGUCGCUACGUGUCCCGGAGACCCCGGUAAGCUGUCUGUGGUUAGUACAUCUUCAAGCUCGAACUUUUCAAUAUUCGAUACCGACUCGAUGUCCAACCGCACCUCAUAGCCUGCCUUCUGUUGUUGCGAGUUCACUGCUGUCGUAGUGUAUUUAGCAGGUUUCGCAUCAAUCACUGAUAGAUCUUCAACUAAACUUUCCAGACAAAGAGUUGUACCGGAUCCACUCCUUAAGAAUGCGUGCGUAAGAAUUUCCUGAGUUAGGGUUGCUCACCUUGACCGGUACUACCUUAAAACAAACCUGUGCUCGACUUGCUUUGACUGCGCUAAUGUUGACUCGCUCUUUUGACGUUCCAGCUGCUGUUGGUGUAGACAUAUGUAGAUUUACCUGAUUCUGUCUAUUAGCGGCGGCAAUACUUUGGAUCCCAGCAUCCUUCUUUAAACCGUCGUGACUUUGUUUCUCGUAUCUUGAUUAUUGGAAUGUUCCUCUUUAGCGUCUUGAUCAUCACGCAUUAGACAAUGGUGAUGUUUUUCGCAUCCGGCUACACGGCAGGUGACUCCACUUUCGCAUGACCUCGCAAAAUGGCCUUCGCCGAGAUAUAUUCUGCACAGUUUGUGUUGUUUCACAGUUCUCAGACGAUCCUUUAGGAUGAAUUACUUGAAUACUUGUCACCUUCAGACACCGUAUGUUCUAAACCACUGGGGACACUUACGACCAGUUCUUGCAGGCGUAUCUUCCCUAUUCAAACCACACUGAAUUGCGUUUGCGUUAACUCUCCUAUGCUGCUCGAAUCUUUACCUGUUCUGAAAUUUCUUGUCUUUACUGGCUUGUUAAGCUCUCUCCCAUACCUGUUGUUUAUACGCCCUGCCACUUUUCCCAAGUGUCAUCAAAUUGUACAUAGUCUUUGUUCUUGAUAAGGUCAUCAGCUCUGUCCACCCACUUCCUCAUUAAGCCAUCUUCGGGGAGUUUCCUCAUCAACAUAACUAUUACAUCUUCAUUCUCUAAUCGAUUGGAGUAGCUGGAUACAUGCUCUUUAAUGCUCUCUCAGAAUCUUCUAGCUAACGUACGAACUCCAUCAAGGCAUCCGCAUCAGUUUUUCUAAUUUGAAGUUCUCUGAGCUUCUUCAUAUGAUCCUCUGCUAUAAUGUGGGGCUGGCCAAACUUCUCAAGAAGACAACUCUUCGCUUCCUGAUAUCUCUGGCAGAAUCAAGGUUGACACAACUUCGGAUUGCAUCCUUUCCUUUGCCGACACACUGCGCUAACAGGCGAGUGAAUCGCUGGGAGUCAUCAGAAACAUGGGGUUCUACGUUAUCUUUAAAGUUUGUCACAAACUCCACAUAUUCUAGGGGGUCACCACCGAAUCUCAUGAGCUCUAUUUUGGGUAAAGAAGGGCAUUCCUUUAUGACCUGUGCUAUGGAAAUCCAUACAUCUAGAUGCGGUUGGGGUGGCGGUGCUGGUUCUUCUUGCAAGGUAUUGGUGGCUUCGUGAUUAGCAUUUGGAUAAAAUUCAAUCCUCGUGACAUCUAGUCCUACUUUGGGAAUAUCGAAUCUGUCCGACUCAGUUGUCGCUGGUUUGGGUACAUCCGGUUGGUGUAAAUCCGGUCUGGGUUCAGGGCUAGGAUGAUUAUGAAGCAAUGAUGCACGUUGUUGUACCUGUGCUGCUGGAGAAUGAGGGGUUGGUGGGUGUUCAAGGAUAAAUUUAGGUUGACUGUGGUAGGGAAUUUCAGAUUUUUCAGGGCAAUUUGAACUUUGAAAGUCUCGAAGGUAUUCAUUCAUAUCAUCGACACCUUCGUCAUCUGGAAUCUGAUCAAUAACAAAAUCAAUCUUUGCCUCCUUUAGCCCUGCUUCAGCAUUGAAUAACUUAAUCUUACUUUGCUCAGCUACUUCAAGUUGGCGCUCUAGCUCCUGUUUCUCCUUUAAGGUCUACAUUUUCAACUUUGCCUCUUCCAUAACCUUCCUUCUUUCUUUCUUUCUUUCUUUCACACUGCUUCUACUAGAUGUUCGAGUGCUUCUGCUUUUACGAGAUGCCAAACUAUAUCCAGAUUCUGAUGGCAGCUUUAGAUUUCUUUCUCGAUUGGUUUUCCACAGCUCUACCAUGUAAUCUAGUUGUAAUUUGACAUCGCGUUGAUCAUUAUAAUUGUCAGUCAUUAAGUCUUUCUUCUCUAUGUCACCUUCAUGCUGCAUAUAAUUCUCGAGACUAAUGACAAAUUUAUGAAAUGUUUGUUCAUACUUGUCCUUUCUUGCAUUUACCUCUUCUGGUCGAAAUCCUUUGUUAGAUGCUGUAACAUGCUAAGUUCUCUUCGAAAUUCUUCCAUACAUCUAAAUCUUUCAUGUUUUGCAUUAACCGUCAUUUCAAACCUUAGUUCUUUAUCAUGUGUUAAUUCGUCAUCCUAAUUCCUUUGUAUUCGUAUUAUUGUGUGAGCAAAACGAAGCAAUAUGCUUGGCCAAUUUAUUUAUGAAUUAUUAAUGCGUUUGAGAUAGAUAAUAUUUUACCAGAGAUAUCUUCAUUUUUACGAGAUAUCUUCAUUUUUAUGGAGAUAUCUUCAUUUUUACGAAAUAACAAAAAGUGUUAGCUAUUUUUCCCCAAUCCAUUUUCUUAUGCUCUGAGAAUUACCUGAAUUUACCGAAAAAUCUUCUGGAAAAUUACCUGAAUUUACAUAACAAUCUACUGGAAAUCUACCUGAAAUUGCUCAAGAGCAAUUAUUAGGGGGUGUUGCACCCCCCCCCCCCCACACACACACGCCACCUUGUGACGCGUCAUAGAUUUGUUUCAUGUGCAUAUUGAACAACCUAAAAUAUCUCAAGAAAAGAACGAAAAAGAUAAAGAAAGGUUGUGAAAUGACUUAUUUUAACGAGAUGUUUCUGUAUGAACAGACUUGAAUUUCAUUGCCCAUAAACCUUCAAUUAUAUAUAAAAAAGAAUAUGCUGUCCAUUGAAAUUUUACAAUGUAUAUCAUAUUAAUCACGAAGUUCUCUUGCGAGAUAUUUAAAAACGUUUGCCUGCCAGAAAACGUAUAUACAAGGCGAAGGUUUUAUUUUGAAGCAAGAAAUACAAUAAACAUCCACAGUUUAGUUCACAAUCAAGGCAAAAUAAUCGCACUUUAAUGUACCUCUUUGCCUUUACCUCCAACAAAAAAAACGUAGAUUAUUUAUGAAUUUCAGGGAAAACAGUCUUAUCUUUGCAUUUGGUUUUACGUUUGGUUGUUUAUUUAAAAAGUACAAUUGAACUCUUUGACAGCUUUUAUUUUUUUUUAAGGUGUGAUAAUUGACUUGUGUUCAGCCUCUGAGAAUAAUGCUGUCAUCAGCAAUAAGAUGUUUUCGAACUAUUUUAAUUGUAUCGACUCAAAAUAUUCGAUGAACUCUCGUAGCAAGGAUAUACGGAACCUGUUAAACAGCCAGCAUUAUACCUUAGUUAUACAAUUUGGUGACGUCAUCACUAUAAUCAAUCUUGUAAUCAAUAAUGGCUACAAUGGUCGUAGUGAUUUUAAUCUGAGCACUUGAUCUUCUAACUUGCUGCCCUGAAAUUCUAGCCUGAGGGAUAAUCGGGCAGAAGGGGACGCUAUAAGGGAUAAUCGGGCAGAAGGGGAUGCACGCUGUCAUUCAGGUUACAUCAAUGCUGAUGCCAAAACUUUUGUAUUUUUUAGAUGAAGACGUCAGGAAUGAAACUCUUGAUAGCUGUUGUAAUGACAGUGGUUGUCUUGGCAACAAGCGCGCCAUCAACGAAGAACGUACUGGAUAUAUGCAACUACCACAUUGGGGGUGCGAAAUGCAGUGCCUGUUGCAACGCAGCACUUAGACAUUGCAAAAUAUAUUGUAAAAGCUUGGGUUGUAACCCGUAUAAAAAGGGUGUAUGCGAUGUAAAAAACAGCAACAAGUAUUUCAUGUAUUCAUUCAAGGCAAAGGGUUGCCCAACAUGCAUGAAUGACUAGCAACGUACUUUCAAAAGUAACGAUCCUUCAGCUGUUGUCAAUUAAGUUAUUAAUUAAUGAACAGUAACAUAAUAAUAAGUUCGUUGUUUGUAGAAAUUAAAAUUGAAAUAAAGAGCAUUGCAAAUUCACAAGUCUUACUUUGUACUUUGAGACUAUCCUUAUGAGCACCGACAUACUUCAGCGAACUAAUUCCAUGAUGUGCCAAAUCCUUUGAUGUGCCGAAAGAAAACCGGCUAGUAGAAAACUGGCUUUACGCCCCUGUAGUGAUUCUAUAACCAGUGCCGUCGAAAGCAAAUUGUUAUUGCAUGUGUGUGGGGGGUAAGGAGCUCAACCAAGUUCGUUCGAGGGAAUGUUCCUCCAGAAAAGCAUUUUGCCUCGGAAGAGCAUUUUGUUUGUUUUCUUUAAUGUUAUGAAUUUCAUGUAUUAAAAAAUUCAAGAUUUUUUAAUUCACUUUAGAUCAGCUUUUUACAACUUCAUCCUCCCAGUUUUGAAACAACGAUUGCCCUGUAUACAAUCACAAGCGUGCACAAAUUGGAUUUUCAAAUGAUAUAUCCCGUUAGAUUGCCGAGGGGGUGUUCGAUAAAAACUAUGUUUUUGUCAGUUUGUGAUAAUUUUCAAAUAAAUCAGCAUAUGUGACAAAACAUAAGAUUUUAAAGAUUUUUGCUUGCUUACACGAAGUGAGAGGUUAGUUCGCUCACUUCAGAAUGACACAGUUAAUUCGUCAAAGCUUUUUCUUCAAGAUUGGUUUAGAAAAAAACUUGGAGUAAUGUUAGAUUAGAGUUAGUAUUUGGAAAAGCGUUAGUAUUAGUAAAACCAUUGCUUUGUUACGUUUUGUCACCUGAAACCAGCGAAAUAACCUCUUCCUAGCUACAGCACAAGCGCUAGGAUGCAAAAUGGCGCCAAGUAGAUGUGUGCGAUAGGAUUGGACGUAUAUAAUCCGACAAUUGACUAAUGUUUAAAAUCCAAACCGAUAUUGUCUAAUCCCAUCCGACCCGAGUUUUACUAAAGAAUUCCAAUCCGAUCCGAAGAUUGCUUUAAUAAAAUAAAUUUUUCAUUCAAGUUGAAAUAUUUAACCAAAUAAAUAUAAAAGCAUGAAAUACAAAUUGAAGAAUCAAACGAAUAAUGCGGCGACAACCGCGAUAGUGCUUUGAUAUAAAUGCAUAAAUAAUUAAUUGUUGCGAUAAUAAUUCAUUCAUUCUAUUUCGGAUAUCGAAGUCCAAUCCGAGAACGAAACGACUUUAUCAAUCCGAUCCGAAAUGAAUAUUUUGGUUCCGAAAUCCGAUCGGAUCGGAUUAUAUUCGGAUCGAGUUUGCACACCUCUACCGCCAAGAUUAGUUACACCAAUUUGUGGGUGACGUCCGUGUUGACAAAAACAUCGCUUGGUUAAAAGAUCAUUAACACACCUCAUGCAUAAUGACGUCAGAAGGCUUAAUGCCCGCGAGGAAUGCUGGUCUUAGUAGUCAUCGCCCGAGAAAAUUUCGAUAGUUGCCAUUUUGAAUUGUUUAAUUUUCCCGGGCGAUAACUACUAAGACCAGCAUUCCUUGCGGGCAUCACGGUUAAUAAAAAUGGGAGUUAUAACUGAUCGAGAAAUUGAGUUUCACAACUAUGAUAUUCAUACAGUUCUUUACAAAUAUUUUUUUUUGAAUGAGAGUUAUGCUAUUUUAAUAUUAGGGGGUUAUAAGAUGGCCCUGAUAAAUAAAGUGGAUUCUUUCUAUUUAUUGCAUUCACUUGCCAGAUACUUUAGUGGCAUGCCUAACCUUAAUAGCACGGCUGUUGCCAUGAAAUUUACUAAUAUUAUUGGUUUAGAGCAAUAUUUGUGUUUUGUUUCACUGAAACUACAUGCAAAUUUAUUUGAAAUUGUUCCUGUCGAAUUAUAUAAAUGUAUAGCUUCCAACAACAAAAAAAGAAAGCAGUGUGAAGAAGCUGACAUUGACAGACAAGCUUGACUUCAAAAGGAUAGUGAGACUAAACAAAGAAAGCGAUCACAGGAAACUGACAAUGAACAACAAAUCAGACUUCAAAAGGAUAGUGAGUCUGAAAAAAGAAUGCGGUCAGAGGAAACUGACAGUGAACAACAAAUUAGACUUCAAAAGGAUGGCGAGUCUAAAAAAAGAAAGGGGUCAGAAGAAACUGACACCAACAGACAAAUGAAACUUGAGAAAGAUAGACUUUAUCAAAAACAAUCGCGGGCAAGAUAA